AUGGCAUCAGAAAAAAAGACCACAAAACAAGAUCUAAAGGCUGAGGAACAGCACCAAGCGAAUGCUGUUGAUCGGGUCACCAGCCUCCCCUUGCUCAGCUCUGCCGUCAACCUGGUCUCAUCUGCCUACAACCAUACCAAGGAGACUCAUCCCUGCCUCCGUAGUGUCUGCAGUGUGGCUGAGACAGUGGCUGCUGCUGCUGGAGGGAGUGUGGCUGGUGGAGCACAGCCCAUCCUCAACCAACUUGAGCCCCAACUUGCACUUGUAAAUGAAUAUGCCUGUAAAGGACUGAAUCAGCUGGAGGAGAAGUUGCCUUUUCUUCAACAACCAGCAGAUAAGGUCCUCUCAGACACCAAGCAGCUGGUUUCCACCAAAGUGAUGUCUGCUGUGGAUGCUGCCUGUCAGGCAAAAGGAGCAGUAGCUGAGAAAGUGACUGAAGCUGUGGACCUCACUAAAAAUGUUGCUGGGGACAGUGUCAAGCUGACUAAGUCAGUGGUCACCUCCACUGUUAACAGUGCUGUAGGGGCUGCCCAGGGGGCCAAGGACCUUGUGGCCACCAAGGUGACUGAAGCAGUGGAUGUCACCAAACACAUGGUAGAGGACAGUGUUGAACAGACUAAAGCUACAGUUGCUUCUACUUUUGUCAAUGCUGUGGAAGCUGCCCAGGGGGCCAAGGACCUUGUCACUACCAAGGUUACUGACGCAGUGGACCUCACUAAACAUGUGGUGGAGGACAAAGUUGAACAGACCAAGGCUGCAGUUGCUUCUACAAUUAGUGCUGCUGUAGGGGCUGCCCAAGGUGCCAAGGACCUUGUCACUAACAAGGUGUCGGAGGCAGUGGAUGACCUUGUCACUACCAAGGUGACUGAAGCAGUGGAUGUCACCAAACACAUGGUAGAGGACAAAGUUGAACAGACCAAAGCUACAGUUGCUUCUACGUUUGUCAAUGCUGUGGAAGCUGCCCAGGGGGCCAAGGACCUUGUGUCUAACAAGGUGUCAGGAGCUGUGGGUGUCACUAAACACCUGGUGGAGGACAGUGUUGAACAGACCAAGGCCGCAGUUGCUUCUACAAUUAGUGCUGCUGUAGGGGCUGCCCAGGGGGCCAAGGACCUUGUGGCCACCAAGGUGACUGAAGCAGUGGAUGUCACCAAACACAUGGUGGAGGACAAAGUUGAACAGACCAAGGCUGCAGUUGCUUCUACUUUUGUCAGUGCUGUGGAGGCUGCCCAGGGGGCCAAGGACCUUGUGGCUACCAAAGUGACAGAGGCAGUGGACCUCACCAAAGGGGCUGUUCAGGAUGGUGUUGAGAAGACCAAAUCAACUGUCAGCACAGCUCUGGAUUCAGCAUAUGGCACCAUAAGUAGCAAAAUAAAUACAUCUUUGGAGAAGAGCAAAGAGGCUAUCCAGGAGGGUGUGGAGAAGACUAAUUCAGUGCUGACCAACAGCAUAAGCAAAGCCAAGGCAGUGAGCCAAGUGGUGGCAGGGGGUGCAGAGUCUCUCCUGGGGAUAUCACAAGAUCUGGUGGAUAACUACCUGCCAGUGACAGAGGAGGAACUAGGUGAGAAAACACUUACAAGCUUCAGCCUUCCUGUCUUGCUCAUCUCACCUCCUUCCCCCCCCCUCUCCCACUUACUGCUGGGGAGUGCAGCUGCAGCUCUGUUCUUGUUUCCUCCAGGUCAACUGGCUACGACUGUGGAAGGUUUUGCAAUGGCUUCUGUGGAGGAGCAGAAAGAGCAGCAGAGUUACUUUGUGUGCCUGGGUUCCCUCUCUAACAAAAUCCAAGGCCGAGCUUAUAGGCACUCCCUGCACAAACUCCAGCACCUUAAGCACAGCACCCAGGACACCCUCUCCCGACUCCAGCUGGUGAUGAACCUGGUACAAAUAUGCUUUCUCCUCUUUCCUCUUGUCUGUAGUCUUCCUGCCCUGCUAUCCAGAUGGAAGCCCUUCCUCCAUCCUGCACCAGCUCUGUGGCAUCUUGGACCCCUCCCUGGGAGGGAAGCACUUGUGCUCCUCUGUAUUGAAUCACUGAAACAAGAGGUUGGCCAGAAGCUUCUAGAUGGGCACAAGAGGCUCCAUCGACUGUGGGUGGAUUGGUGCCUGACCCAACCCAAAGGAAACCAAGUUAAAACUGCCUCCUACGUAGAGGUAGAGGCACGGACUCUUGCCAUGCUGCGAAUCAUCACCCAGCAGCUACAACAUCUUUUUGAGAAUCUGAAAGCCAGCAUCCAAGGCCUGCCCAGCAACAUCCAAGAACCUGUGUAUCAGGCCACUCAAAAUAUUCACAAGCUCCAUAGCUCUUUUUUCAAUGCUGUGUCUUUCCAGGACCUCUCCAGUACCACUCUGACCCAGAGCCAGGACCACGUGGCUGAAGCCCGAAGGUCCCUAGAUGACCUCUUUGAGAUCCCGGCAGCUCCCCGGGCACCCCCGCUCCGCCCCGUCGGGAGCCGCCGCUUCCUCGUGUGCCAACGGGACCGGCGGAGGCUGCGGCCCCGGGGGGUUCCGGUGACCCCGGGGGGGCUCCUGCGGCCCGGAUCGCCCCGCUGCCCCCCACGCGCCCUGGCCCCGCUGGACGAGGCCCGAACAGGCUCCUCCGGAGGUCCCGCCUGA